AUGUUUAGUUCACUCCAAUUUAAAAUAGGUAAUCUGCUUAAAGCAAUUGGCACUUAAAAAUAGAUUUAUAGGUUUGCUAGAGCUACUUAAGGAAAAAUAAAGAUUUAGAAAGAAAAAUUGGCAGAUAAAAUUGUUAUUGAGAAAUAGAAGGAAGCUAGAGAGAAUUAUAUCGAAGAAAAGAAUGAGUUUUCUGCUGAAAACAAUAUAGCUUAAAAUUAUAUUUUGAAUUCAAAAAAUCAUGAUAGAUUAUUUGAAGUAUAUGAGCAUUUUAAAGAUUAGAUGAAUAUUAUAAAUUACUCAACUUGUCUCCAUUAAGCGAUUAAGUUACAAGAAAGUAAAGAUUAUAGCAAUCUCUUAGAUAAGUAUGGACCAUAAAUUAAAGAAAUAUGUAAUUAAUUGGAAACUAAUUUAUAAAAUAUGAAAGGAUUCACUGCAUCAAAUUAUUUGUCAAACUUAGUUAAGUUAAAAUUAUGCACUCCUCAUAUUGUAGAAAGUAUUUCUAAUUUAAUUGUAGAAAAUAAAUGGUAAUUUAGUACAAAAUAGACUUCAUUUAUACUCUGGUCUAUGGCUCACUCAAACAUAAAAAACGAUAGAUAUCUUAAAUAUGCAGCAACAAAUUUAAUGGCUAUUAAAAGUACAAUUGAUCCUGAAGAUUUAGCAAAUAUUUUUUGGAGUUUAGGAAAGCUAAAAUAUAUGAAUGAAGAUUUAACUAUAUACCUUGAAGCUUAAAUUUACAGAAAUUCACAAAAGUUUCCAAUUAACUGCAUUAACAUUGUCUUCACAAGUUAUGAGAAAUUUUAUAGAAAAAAUCUUGAAGUUUUAGAUGCUUUAUCAGGUAGAUAUAUGGACUUAGGAAAGCAUUUAACAUAUAGAAAUUUAUCAAACUUACUUGUAAGUUGCAGUAACAUGAACUAUAUUAACAGCAUUUUGUUAGAAUACAUUGAGAAAUAGCUCUUGAGAAGAAUUAAGGCUAGUAUUGUUGAAGAAAAUUCUGAUGCUUUUGAAGAUACAGGAUCUUCUAUUUUAGAUAAGUAUGCAUAAUAGUCAAAUACCUACUCUCAUGAAGAGAUGGAAUUAUUUAACAGUAUAAUAAAACUAAACAAACCAAUUGAAGGUAAUGAAUAAGAAAGUUUAGUAAACGAAUAAUAAAAAAAUCAUAAAGAAGAAAAUGAAGCUUCUGAAAAAUUAGAUAAAGAUUUUGAGGACGAAGAUAAUAUCGAUGAGCAAGAAGAUGGAUUUGAAGUUUUAGAAAUUUCAACUGAUUAAAAAGCUAUUUAACAGUUUUAAAAAGAAUUCGAAGAGUAAAAAUCUUAUUUAGAAGUAAAAAAGAAAGAAAAUUCUGAAAUAAUUGAAAAUUACCGAAUUAAAUAGCACAAAUAUGAUAAAGUAGAUGAGUUAGAUCCAAAAAAUGCUACUAUGAUUCUCUUAGCUUACUGUAAAAUGAAAGUAGUAAAACCUGAAUUAUUUGAGGUACUAGAAGCUAAUUUUUCAAAUAAGCUUGACUAAGCUACUCCUAAAGAUGUGGCAACAUAUAGUUAUGCCCAUUCUAUGCUAUGCAACGAGCUAUUAAGUUAGUUCCAUGAAUCUAAAAAGAGAUAUUUAAAAAGAUCGUUAAAUAACAUAAAAAAAUAUAAUCAUUACUUCUAUGAAAUUGUUCUUCCAUUUGUAGAAUUGAAUCUUGAUAAGUACAACUGCAAACAACUUCAAGUAAUUUUUUCUAGUGCAAGCAAACCUUAGGUGAAAAAGAGAGCUAUUUGCAGAUAAAUAGUAUCUAUUGGACUAAAAUCUAUCCCUAAAUUGAAUGAUGAAAAAUUCAGCACAGAAGAAGAAAAAAAUGUAUUUAUAUAUAAGCAUUUCAAGCUUAUAACAAACUUUGCAUAUUCAGAAGAUCAUAGAAGAUAACUCAUUUUGGCUUGCUAUGAUAAUGGCAUUAAAAUUGAUGAUAUUUAUAGAAGAUACGCUCAUAUUCUCGUUAACAAUAAUAUUCAAAAUAUAUCUAAUUAAGAAUAAACUGAUAUACCUUUAGAAUUAGAACCAAAAUAAUAAUCAAGCUGGUUAUUAUAAUAAUAAGAUAAAAGCUAAACAAGCUCAGAUGAAUCAGUUUCUGUGUCAGAGCAGGACAGCUUAUCUGAGAAUGAAGAAGAAGAACAAUAAUAAAGUAGUAAUUUAUAAAAAGAUAAUCAAAAAUUUACAAUAAAGAGCGUUUUUGAUAAAAACUGA